AUGAUCGAAGACCUCCUCGCACGGAUGACACUUAGUCGGGCCUCACUAUGGCUUCUAGGGCUAUUCGUUGCAUUCUGCGUAUUCCGCAAGUUCCAAGCUUCGGCACAAAUCGCCCGUCUCGGUGUCAGAGCUCCCAAAAUCGAGUUCCGUCUCCCGUACGCUCUCGACUUCAUUUUCCAAGGUUACCAGGCCAAUCAAGUGAACUGCGACAUAGAAUUCUGGGAUGCAAAAAUCGAGGGAGCUGGCGGCCUAACAAAUGCGAAGACAGCCGAACUCGAUGCCGGCAUUUCUACCCGUAUGAUCAUGACCAAGGACCCGGAAAAUAUCAAGGCGCUCCUCACCAGCCAGUUCGCCGACUACGGUAAGGGUGAAUCCUUCCACCGGGACUGGAAAGAGUUUCUUGGCGACAGUAUCUUUACCACAGAUGGAGAACUAUGGUCUCGCUCCCGCCAGCUCAUUCGUCCCAUGUUCGUGCGUGACCGCAUCGUCGACACAGAAAUCUUUGAGAAGCAUGUUCAGAAACUCAUCCCGCUUCUCGGCGGCAGUUCCUCACCCAGCAGCAGCAAGGUAGUGGACCUCGGAUCACUCUUCUUCCGAUAUACCCUUGAUGCAGCAACAGACUACCUACUCGGCAAGGGCACAGACAGUCUAGAUAACCCGGCAACACGGUUCGCCGAAGCGUUCAGAUAUGUGCAACAGCGCCAAGCGGAGUACUUCCGUUUCGGAGUCUUUGGCUCCCUAUUGUCACGCACCGAAUUCCGCAAAAACCUCAAGAUAAUGGAUGAGUUCAUCCAGCCAUACAUCCAAACCGUCCUCGCCCACUCAGCCGAUGAACUCAACGAGAAGCUCUCAAAGCACCAAACCUUCCUCGACGCACUAGCCAGCUUUACCCGUGACCCUCGUGUUCUCCGUGACCAACUCGUCGCCGUUCUUCUCGCAGGCCGCGACACAACAGCCGCCACGCUAUCCUUCUGUCUCUUCGAGCUCUCGCGCAAUCCAGAAGUUGUUGCUAAGCUGCGCAACGAGAUCAACGACAGACUUGGCGUCGGUGCCAAGGCUCAGAAACCUAGCUACAUCGAUCUCAAGGAAAUGAAGUACCUCAAUGCAGUGCUGCACGAAACAAUGCGUUUAUACCCAGUGGUGCCAUUCAACGUGCGCUACUCUCUGCACGAUACAACGCUUCCACGUGGCGGUGGACCGGACGGACUAUCGCCUGUGGGUGUUCGCGCAAACUCGCGGAUUAUCUACUCCACCAUGUUGAUGCAGCGGGAUCCUGAUCUGUACGACGGCCCAGGAUCAAAGAACUACUUCGACCCUAGUAAGUGGAUUCCUGAACGGUGGGUUUCCGGCUGGCAGCCCAAGCCGUGGCAUUUCAUUCCCUUUAAUGGUGGACCGCGGAUUUGUAUUGGGCAGCAAUUUGCCAUCAUUGAGAUGGGGUACACUGUUAUUCGGAUUCUGCAGGCUUAUGAGCGCAUUGUUGCGCUGCCUGUUGGUGGGAAAGAUAAGGUUGAAGAUCCGGUGCUUCAAUUUGAAGUUACCCUCAGUCCUGGCUCCGAGUUGAAUUGCGUUUUCCUGAAGGGGGAUGAACAGGUUGCGCACGGUGCGGCUAAGGCGAGUGUUGCUUGA